CAAGUAGAAAGGAAAAUAGAUUCCAGCUACAAUGGUUUUAACAGGGAUUGUAUUGAAGCUGUCUAAAGCAGCAAUAAAAAAGAUUGUCAAAGAUAACGCAGUUAAUGCAGCAUCCAAUGAAGAAGAAGAUGGAACUGUGACCAAUAAUGAAGAUAAAGAUGAGGAAAGCCUCAACACAAACUUCGACUGGACACAUUUAAACUACCCAUGGGGCCUUAAACUAGUACACUACAAUGCUAAUGAAUUAGAAACAAAACCCGCAAAGUUUACAAAAAUCGCCCAUAUCUCGACAUUCGUAGUUUACGCAACGCUAUUACUCAACCUCAUCAAUGUUAUCGCACUUGCUAUUAUGGGAAUAUACCCAAUGCGAAUACUGUAUAGCUUCUUUAAUAUCAUCCUCAUUGCGCCAGUUGUGUGUAUGGACUUCUAUUUGCUAUACGUAACACUAGCAACGAAAAACCCACUAUACAUCAAAUCCUACAACGGAAUGCACACAAUGCUAUGUCUGCUUUACUUGGUGCUAGCAAUACUUGGAGAAGGCCCUGUGAAUGGAUUCACCAAGUUUAUAUACAUAUCAACUGAGACACCAAAGUCUAUGGUUGCUGGAUACUACUUUUGGAUGGCUGCGAUUAUUCUCGAAUCAUGCCUACACAUGAUAUCUUUCCUUUUCGGCGGUAAAUGGCAUUUUUCCAAACUAAUAAACAAACGCAGUGUUUACCAUGGUGCGGAUUAGGUCACUUAUCAACGUUCCAUCGCCAGCGAAU